UCACUGUGGGAGAGUUGGGCCUUCUGGGCUUCCUGGUCCUCAGCUCCGCCUCGCCUCGAUCUGGCCGGACAGCGAAAACACUUCUCAGUUAAAGAACAAAAGCAACAACGGAUGGACCGACGAGGACGAAGUAACGGCGACUCGAAUUCAGUCCUGAAUCUCACGGAUUGAGAGAUUUGUACCCUUUACGGCAGGAUUCAGCCGACGAGUGAACUCAUACGAAAGGCGACAAACUUGGUCGCCUCGCAUCUUUGUAUCCCGACCGUAAUCCGUCGAGGUGCUUGAUAAAUAAGACAAGGGUCAAACCGACAGACACACGGUAUUGUUUCCUUGGUCUUUCCCUAAACUUCGGCCAUAAAAAGCUGAGCGACAGAGGGGUAACUCUUGGUUUCUUUUGUUUUCUCCGCGCUCUAACGGACCUCGGGGAUAGCGGGUUAUUUUGGCAUUUUCGGUUUCUCUUGUGGUAUUUGCCUUUGUGAAGAGGCUACACUCAUCUUUUGGGACUGAGAACUUGGGAGUGGAACAAAGCCUGACUGGGAAAGGGUGCAAGAGCCUAUUUUGAUACCCCAGAUGGCAGCCUACAGUGAACAUAACGGCAGAAAUGGACAACUUCUGAGCAUGAAGGGGCCUUUUGAAGGAAAAGUAACAAAGACAGAAUGUGAAGGAAAACUUGGAGUUAAACGCUCCUCCGUGGAUUUGCGCCACUCUGCCAACUCAGCUGAAAGCAACGCGAGUGGUGUGGCUAGUUUCACCACUAACCACAACUCUGUUGUGUGCCUGCCUCUAGUGUCAGAGGGACUGAAAUUGGUAUGGACACAGUCCGAUCAAACCCGUGAACUUGACACAAUCCCCGAGCUUGUCCAAGCCUUUAACUUAUUUCCAUACCCAUCAUCCCGUGAGGUUAACACCCUAGCCCGGGUAUGUGCCUUGCCACUGGACAAAGUUAAGGUGUGGUUUAUGGUUCAGAGAAUUAAAUAUGGUAUCAGCUGGUCCUCAGAGGAGAUAGAGGAGACACGACAAAAGCUGGCAGUACCUGAGCUUUGUGAUGACUCUACUGAAACAAAUGAAGAAGCCAAAACGAAGAGCGGAAGUUGCGAGGAAUUGAUAAUUGAGGAUAAGGAUAGCGAUGAAGUUGAGCGUACUCUCUCCACCCCCCCGAACAAGAAACCAAAGUGUGAGUCGCCAGAUUCCUACAAACCAGCCAAACCCUCUGUCCCGUGCUUCAGCUCCACCCUCCCACCUCCUCAGGAUUCAUACUUCUACCGCCCACCAGCGGACACACCACCAAGUACAGGAGCUGAUGUCUCCCUUGACCUUUCAGAGUCAUCGUCACGACAGAACCGUCAUGGGCGCUACAAAAAGUCUAAAGCUCAACUCGCUGCCCUUCGGAAGAGCUUUCUGAGAGAGAACUGGCCUGCGGAGGCAGAGCUCAGACGUUUGCAGGAAGAAACAGGGCUGAGCCGCAAUGACAUUCGUAAAUGGUUCAGUGACAGCCGCUACCAGCUUAGGGUGGGCCGAGGAAGCCUGGCUGCAGCCCAGAACUACUCUCAGCACGCUGGAGGUAAACAUGAUCAACAAAUUCAACCUCUCCCACUUACCACACAGAAGAUAAGUCAACUAAACGGGGUGAAGGGUCAGGAGGGAGCCCGUAGCAAUGGGAUUAGAAAUUCACAUUUCUUUCAGACCUUUUUGUCAAACAGCCUUGAAGCAUUUGGGGAAAGGGUCCACGAAGCAGAAGGGUAUGAGGUUAUGGAGGAGCUUUCUGGUGAUGGGGACAGUUUUAAAGACGAGGAUUUAAGUGAAGAGCAACCCUUACAACUGACCAAGACCUGCAAGAUUGAGCCAGAUGUUCCACAGGAACCAUCGGGUAUAACAAGGUCCUCUCCCCACUCUUCCCCCUCUGGCAGCCCACCACUGACUGCCUCGCCCAAUAAACCACUUUCAAACAGCAUCAGCACAUCAAAGAAGUCAGCCCACUCAGCCAAAGCCAGUCCCUCACAAACACCCUUGCACAUCGCAGGGGCUCCCUCAUCCACAUCCCCUGCCCUCACUCCAGCUGGGCGACCAAGAAAGACCAAGGAGCAGUUAGAUAUGUUGAAGCAGCACUUCUUACGCUGCCAGUGGCCCAAGAGUGAAGAUUACACUGAACUUGUUAAGCUUACAGGUUUACCCCGGGCAGAUGUUAUUCAGUGGUUUGGGGACACACGGUAUGCUGUGAAAAACGGCCAGCUGCGCUGGGUGAAGGGGGUCCGCGACCAGUUUUUGGCAGAACUUGCAGCUCAGCAAAGUAGCAGUGGUUUAACUAACGGAAGUGGGACAUCAUCUCGGCCUGGGGGUAGCAGGAAACGAAAAUCUCAAGCAAAUGCAACAACUGCAGAUUACCCGGAUGUCCAGCCAUUGGUAACAUAUUACCUUUCAACAGGCUCACUACAUGAAAAAGACCUUGACUCUCUAUGCAAGAAAUCAAGAAUGAGCUACCAGCAAGUGCGAGAUUGGUUCGCAGCUCAGGAUGUUGGGGGGACUGACCAAGAACCCAUUGUUGCUGAUUAAGACACUGGAACCAGACUUAAGAACAUUUCAGAAAGUUGGUGGAGUGCUCUUCAAAUCCUUUGCACCAACAAGCAUAGUUAUUACUUUGGUUUAAAUUGCUUUAAUUCAGCAGGUUUGUAACACCCGGUCUUCCCAGUACAAGCUCAAAGUGAGGCUUGUGUUUUUAUAUAUGCUGCAUUUCCUGCUUAUCCUAAUAUAUUUUGGACUUGAAUUAUAAUUGUGCUGCCCGUGUUGCUGUAAAUAGGACAGUAACUUCUACACUGGUUUGCUAUAUUUUUUUUAAGCUUAAUAUUUUUGUUUAGAUAUCACUACUACAGAACUUUCAGUAUGCUAUUGUAGCAAUAUAAUUUAAACUGGUUGUACUUCUGGUACCUGACUAAAGCAGAUAAGAAACUGCUCCAGAAAAACGUCAGUGUUGAUGAAUUUGUUGACUGAUCACUGU